AAAAAAGUUAUGGAGCGAAGCCUAAUCGGAUCAUGUCUGUUGCAUGCUGCAGCUGCGUAGUUUUCAGAUUGAAAAAUCUCCACAGUGCCUGAGGAAAAAGCAGGAGGAGAGUCCCAGCGGAGCAGUGAGGAGAGCCGCAGGAGUACCAUUGUUUUUUUUUUUCUUUUUUUUUCUUUUAGAGGGGAAGGAAUCAGAUAAUCGGCCGGUUGAGAGGAGGGCCAGGUCUGUUUUUCCGUUUCUAGGGACUGGCUGUGCUGUCAGGAGAGCGGGACAGGUGCGCACCGUCAACUUCCCUCCUCUCCAGCUGUGGGAGGAAGAAAGCCUCCCACUGGACGGACUCUCCUCUCUCAGCAACACUUUGGAAACCAGUUUUGGAAGUUGUUCAUUUCCCCUCCAGCGUUUCUUUCUGCUCAUGUUUCCCCUCUAAAGUGAACUCCGGAGUGGAAUGGUUUGGACGCUGACCGGCUCCGUGACGCACAGACCGCCGGGGCUCCACGCUGCUCUGUGACACACUGGAGCCGAACGGCGUGGGGUGGGAAGCUGCCGCUGGUUGAUCAGUGCACGUUUCUGUGGAGUGGAGUGGAGAGUGGGAUCGAGACGCCCCGGCAUCGACAGCAGCAGCACUCUCCGCUUCAAUGCGACACUGACGCAGCUGCUCUCACGCGGACAGGUGAUGCUCUUUUGACUCGGCGGAGGCUGAUCGUGCGCGGAUGAUCCGGGACUCGUUUCACCGUGGAAUGGACUACGACGCGAGAGAGCAUCCCCAACUUCUCUGAUUGAUAACAAUGUUUUUCUCCGUGCGUCACUGCGCCUUGAGGAUCUGAGGCGGCUGCUGCUGCUGCGAGGGACGCCUGGACUUCCUCCUCGGGUUCACUGGAGGGACCGACCAUGUCCAAGACACUGAAGAAGAAGAAGCACUGGUCCGCCAAAGUGCAGGAGUGCACGGUGUCGUGGGGGGGAACCGGGGAGCUGGUCACGGUGGUGGAGGUGCGCGGCGGCGCGGAGCUGGGAGAGUUCCCCUACGUCGGACACAUAGUUUCGGAGGCGAUGGUUUGUCACACCGGGAGGCUCCCCUGCGGCGGGGACGUGCUGCUGGAGGUGAACGGCACGCCGGUGAGCGGGCUCACCAACCGGGACACGCUGGCCGUCAUCCGCCACUUCCGAGAGCCCAUCCGCCUGAAAACUGUGAAACCAGGGAAGGUGCUGAAUACUGAUCUGCGCCACUACCUCAGUCUGCAGUUUCAGAAGGGCUCCCUGGACCACAAGCUCCAGCAGGUGAUCAGGGACAACCUGUACCUGCGCACCAUUCCCUGUACCACACGGCAGCCCAGAGAGGGGGAGGUUCCCGGAGUGGACUACAAUUUCAUCAGCGUGGGGGAGUUCCGUGAACUGGAGGAAAGCGGCCUGCUGCUGGAGAGUGGCACCUACGAUGGCAACUACUACGGGACCCCGAAGCCCCCUGCAGAGCCCAGCCCCGUCCAGCCGGACCUGGUGGACCAGGUUUUGUUCGAUGAGGAAUUUGACUCUGAGGUGCAACGAAAACGCACCACCUCAGUCAGUAAAAUGGACAGAAAAGACAGCGCUGCGCCCGAGGAGGAGGAGGAAGAGGAGCGGCCUCCGAUGGUCAACGGCCUGGCAGAGCACAAGGACAAGGCAGAGUGGAGGAAGACGGUGCCCAGCUACACCCAGUCGGCCGGGGCCAUGGACCUGCGAGUGUGGAACACACCGGAUGAAAGUCAGGAGCCCCUGCCUAAAAACUGGGAGAUGGCCUACACAGAAACCGGCAUGGUCUACUUCAUUGAUCACAACAGCAAGACCACUACUUGGCUGGACCCCCGUCUUGCCAAGAAAGCCAAACCCCCAGAGAAAUGCGAGGAAGGAGAGUUGCCCUACGGCUGGGAGAAGAUCGAGGACCCCCAGUACGGCACCUACUACGUGGACCACAUCAACCAGAAGACCCAGUUUGAGAAUCCAGUGCUGGAAGCGAAGAGGAAGAUGAGUGCGGACACGCCCAUCGCCGUACCGCAGCCAGCAGCCACGCCCUCAGCAGAGGAGCCUGUGAAGGGAGUGCGGGGCUUCACGAGAGAUCCGUCUCAGCUGCAGGGCUCCAUUCUGCAGACCGCGCUCAGAAAAAGCCCCCAGGGCUUUGGGUUCACCAUCAUCGGAGGAGACCGGCCCGACGAGUUCCUCCAGGUCAAAAACGUCCUUCCAGAUGGGCCUGCUGCUCACGACAACAAAAUUGCCUCAGGUGACGUGAUUGUGGACAUCAACGGAACGUGUGUGCUGGGGAAGACUCACGCUGACGUCGUUCAGAUGUUCCAGUCCAUCCCGGUUAACCAGUACGUGGACAUGGUCCUGUGCCGGGGCUACCCGCUCCCCGAGGACUCCAGCAGCAGCGAGGAGGCGUCGGGCGGUCUCUCCACCUCCAAGGACACGUCCCCCUCCCCCUCCACCUCUACGCCGCAGGACCCCCAUUACACGGUCCCGGACGGCGGGACCCUUUCCCGACAGACGCUGCCUAUGACCAACGGAGGGCGCCACCACCACCACCACUCUCAUUCCCACCAGCACCACCACCACCACCACUCCCCCCACAGCCAGGACGGGCCCGAGGCCACGCUGCUGCAGCCGGAGCUGGUGAGCGUCCCCCUGGUGAAGGGCCCCGGGGGGUUCGGCUUCGCCAUCGCGGACUGCCCCCUGGGGCAGAAGGUGAAGAUGAUCCUGGACGCCCAGUGGUGCCGCGGCCUGCUGAAGGGCGACGUCAUCAAGGAGAUCAACCGGCAGAACGUCCAAACGCUCAGCCACUCCCAAGUGGUGGACAUCCUCAAAGACUUACCCGUGGGCAGCGAGGUCAACGUCCUGGUGCUUCGAGGAGGUCAGACAUCCCCCGUGAAAUCACUGAAACCUUGCACAGCUCCCAUGUCGCAUGCUGUAUCCCAGCCAACUCCGCACCAAGCACCUCAUCCUGUAUCCCAGCAAGUGUCCCAUCCGUCCUCUCAGCCCAUAAUACAGCAGCAGCAGCAGCAGCAGCCGCCACCGCCACAGCAGCAGCACCGACAGGAGAUGAUCAACAGCACAGAGACCCUCAGUCAGCCAGAGGCGCCGCCCAACCCGCUUCCUUUCGGAAACAACACCCUGCGUUCGUCUUCGCCCAAACCAGAUGCGUCGGAGCUCUACCUCAAGUCCCGGGCCAUGUUGGAAAGCAAGCCUCCUAAUACCAAGGACCUGGAUGUGUACAUCAAAAGAAACCAGGAGUCGGGAUUUGGCUUCAGAGUGCUCGGAGGCGAGGGACCAGAUCAGCCGGUGUACAUCGGCGCCAUUGUGCCGCUCGGCGCCGCCGAGAAGGACGGGCGCUUGCGGGCGGGGGAUGAGCUGCUUUGUAUCGACGGCGUGCCGGUGAAGGGCAAAUCCCACAAGCAAGUGCUGGAGCUGAUGACCAACGCCGCCCGCAACGGCCAAGUGAUGCUGACAGUCCGACGGAAACUCUCACACGCAGACGGCGGCAGGGAGGAGGACGGCAGCCAGCAGCCCCAGCAGGUCGCAUCUGCCAUGGUCAACAGCUCCCCCAAAACGCCCCGCGGCGAGGCGGCCAGCGCCGUCCAGCCGGCGCAGGCCGCUCGACCCGAGUGCUUUGAUGUCACUCUGCAGCGCAAAGACAACGAGGGCUUCGGGUUCGUCAUCCUCACAUCAAAGAACAAGCCCCCACCUGGAGUUAUACCUCACAAGAUCGGCCGGAUCAUUGAAGGCAGCCCUACAGAUCGUGUAGGCCAGAUGAAAGUGGGGGAUCGGAUCUCGGCUGUGAACGGCCUGUCCAUCAUGGAUCUGUCCCACAACGACAUCGUUCAGCUCAUCAAGGACGCCGGCAACUCAGUCACGCUCACUGUUGUGCCCGAGGAUGACAGCGCUCCUCCAUCUGGAACAAAUUCAGCCAAGCAGAGCCCUUCAGCACAGCACAGAGCUGUCGGCCAGCAGCCUCCCAGCUACUCAGACAGGAACAGUGACUCUGAGGUGAGAAGCCUACCAAGAGAGAUGGAAAAUCUCAUCGUCUCGGGUCCGAAGCAGGGAUGCUUUGUGGUGGAGCUGGAGCGCAGCCAGCGGGGCUUCGGCUUCAGUCUGAGAGGAGGUAAAGAGUACAACAUGGGUCUGUUCAUCCUGCGACUGGCCGAGGACGGGCCUGCUCUGAGAGACGGGAGGAUACACGUUGGGGAUCAGAUUGUGGAGAUCAAUGGCGAGGCCACGCAGGGCAUCACGCACACCCGAGCGAUCGAGCUGAUCCAGGCCGGGGGAAGUAAAGUCCAUCUUCUGCUCCGACCGGGUCAAGGAUUGGUCCCAGAUCACAGUUCAAAGGACAAAGUAACCAUUCCAACCUCAAGCUUUCCCAGACUCUCUGCAUCUGACGGCCCGUCCUCUCCGGCGUCUCCAUCCUCUGUCUCCCUCUCUACCUCGGAACUGUCUCCUUCUUCGCCCAAAGUAUCCGCGCCUGACGAGUUCUCUGGGGGAGACGCCAGGGUUUCCGGCUCGCCCGGCGCUGGCCACGAGCAUGGCAGGCAGGCUAACAGAUCGAGAGGACAGCAGCUCGCUCAUCACGGCCAGAAGCUCGCCACCAGCCCGAGCGCCCAGCCCGGCAAAACAAGCAGGGGUGACUCAAAGCCUGGAAGUCCCAAAAAGGCCAGCGACGGACGGACGGAUCGCGUCCAGCGCUCUCAGAGCCCCCGCAAAACAUCUCGAGGCCACAGCGGGUCACUGGAGGACGUGAAUAAAGAGAAGAGAGCUCAAGGGCAGAGAGACUACCACUCCACUAGUCCAAGGAAGGGCUACAGGGUGGAGCAGGACCCUGCCGCGCCUGUGAGGAACCCGGAAGAGCCUCACAGCCCCAGACGCCCGGCGGGCCAGCAGCCCAGCACCGCCGCUAGAGAGGAGAAGGACUGGAGGUACAAGGAAGAUGACGCAACUUACUGGCAAGAGAGAGCGCCGGCAGAGAGUGGGGACAGAAGCUGGGGGUCUGGCGAGCGACACAAAAAGGGAAAAAGGGCCGAGCAAGAGGCGUCGGCGCCAAAGUCCAUCUCCCAGGCGUACAGGGACAGGGCGGGGUCGGAUGCCGAUAACGGCACGCUGAACAAAAGGAGCGGGAAAGAGAGAAGCGAUAAAGAUUAUCAAGAGGGCAAGUACCAGGGGUCAGCCGAGGAAAUGAAUAGAAAGGAUCCCAGAGGUUCGAGCAGUAGCAUUCAGGACCCCGGUGUUAAUGGGACCACCAAGAAGGCUCCCAUCACCCCCGGCCCAUGGAAGGUUCCCAGCUCGGCCAAGAUCCAGUCCCAAGUGGACACAAGCUACGCGGAUAUCUGAGAACCUGGAUCGUUGCACAUACGAAGAGCAAGCCGAGCCUCUGAGAGACGGACACUCACCACAGGAGGACUGAAUUUCCUGACAUAGCAGAUCACUGUGUAACCAGCAACAUAGCUUCUCAUCGCUUUUUUUUUUUAAUUUUUUUUCACCCAGUUUGCCUCAGUCAGUUUGCAUCAGGCCGCCGACGUCGGAUCUGACGCGCGUGCUUGUUACCUAACGGAGUAUUAGUAGUGUUAGAAAAAAAAAAAGUGCGGACUGGUUUGUGUGUAGCAGGUUCUGAGCGUGAUUUCUGAAGUGACUCUGAAGUUCAUCAUGUGCCAAUCAGAAGACUCCGGCUAGAAAGAAGCUGAUCGUAAUUGCACUCACUGUGAGACUCUUUGUAGGUAAUUGGAUGAACUGCUUCCCACGUCUUGCCCACCUUGAUGAAGGAUCUUACAUUUUCUUGUCACUUUGAAGGUUUUGAAGGCACACCCAUGCAAUCACACGGCUUUUUCUUCCAGAUUGAUUCACUGUCUCAAAUGGAUUAAGAGAGAAAAAUAGAGACUGGUGGGGUUUCUCCUCAAAUACACGAAAUCGGUGUCUUCGAAGUCAUUUAAUGUCUGUUUUCAGAGUUUUUGAACCAUGUGACUGCUUUCAUUGUGAAAACACGAAUCCCUUGAGCUUACCACAGGGUGGGAAAACUGACCCUGAAGCUUUAUAUGCAUCAACCAUCAGACCAGAUACUUGUGGUUAUAGUUCUAAUGUUUGUUACCUGUGUGUUGAUAAUGAAGCAUAAUGUAAUUUAUUGAAAAUUAUAUGUAAACAAAAGCAGUUAGUACACGUUAUCCAUGAUGCGUCAUUCAACUCAAUGUGGACUUGAAAAAAAUAGAACGUGUAGAUAAUCAUCACCACCUAAAAAUACCACGAUAAAAUCUGCACUCUAUACAUUGUUUCAUGAUCUGUAAAACAGUCACGGGAGCUGACUCAUAAUGUUGUUGACUGUUUGCGGCUCUGUAUCUUUAGGUCCUCCAGCUAUAUAUGUGUGUGUGUGUAAACAAGCUGAAUGGUAAGCCUAUGUAUUUUCGAUAUUGCUGUAGCAUCAACUAUACUUAAUCAUAUAUUAUUUAAAGAAGGAUCAGAUAUAAAGACACGUAAUUCAGAAGGAUUGAUUAACAGAGAGCCUGAUUGUAAGAAGUGAUAACUCUGCCUUUGACCUAUUUAAACCUCUAUCAGAUAUCUGUAUUUUUAUCAUCAUAUGUAGGCACAAAAAUGAAUUAUUUUCUUCAUCCGAACCCCAAAAAUCUAUUUUUUGAUUCUUGAAUUAAUGAAGUAUAUCAUCUAUGAUGUAAGUGGUAUAAUAUUGAUAUGAUAUUUUUGCUGAAUUGUCUGUGUCAUAAACCAAGCCAGACCCUCAAAGGAUUCAGUUAAUUUUCCACACUAGGAGGAAGGAACGCAUGCUCAACUCAGCAUGCUGCUCUUUUGUGGUUGCACAUAUUUCAUAAUGUGAAAAUGUCUGCGCUGCUUCUUUGGGAGUCUGCCUUGGAAAUUACAAGCUGGUCAGAUUGAAUCAAAGCAUGAUUUAAUUCAUGCGUGUUUCAAGAAAACUAUGUUUAUUGGCAUCUGCUUGUGCUCUCUGAAGACAAAAUGUAGCCUCGUUUUACUGUGUCUACUGUGGAGUACAGCGACAUCUAGUGGUUUAUUCACUGCUCUUCCCAAAACAAGCUUGUACUGAAACAGCCUGCCCGUUGAAGGAUGUAAACAUACAUCUGAUCGAUCUGUGACACCACUCAAUAAUUUAUUGUUAAUAUGACGGGCUACUGUAUGAUUUACUGUUCAUGCUAUUACCAUGUAUGAUACUGUGGCCUUGCAUUACUUCAACAUUUAUAUAUAAAUAUUAAAAAAAAUAAACAUAUCUUUUAGUUUUUGACAUCACCAUAGUUGUAAAUGUUUAUAAAUUGUACAGCACCUGUAUAAAUAUUUGCCUUCAUGCAGACAAACAAAUCCUCUGUAAAUCGUUUCAUUAUUUUUUUAAGGGAACUGAGAGGAAAUGAUAUAUUAUAUUAAAAAAAAUAGGUGAAAAUAAAUCUGGUCAUGGCAUUCUGUUCAUGCACUGAUAAAUAAAGGUUUA